AUGGUGGAGGAAGAAGUAGGUGUGGAGGAGAGUCCCACCGAGAAAAUAGCUGAAGAAAUGGUGGAGGAAGAAGAAGGUGUGGAGGAGAGUCCCACCGAGAAAAUAGCUGAAGAAAUGGUGGAGGAAGAAGAAGGUGUGGAGGAGAGUCCCACCGAAAAAAUUGCUGAAGAAAUGGUGGAGAAAGAAGAAGCUGUGGAGGAGAGUCCCACCGAAAAAAAUGCUGAAGAAAUGGUGGAAGAAGAAGCUGAGGAAGCAGAGGAAGCAGAGGAAGCUAUGGAAGCAGAGGAAGCUGAGGAAGCAGAGGAAGAGGCGGAUAAAGUGGUUGAGAAAGAGGCUGAGACAGUUGUCGAGGAAGAGGGUGAUAAAUACACUGAUGAAGAAAAGCAAAUGUGGGCCUUGGUCGUUUACAAGGCUAGUGAGGAGAUGGCGGAUGGGACCACUGAGGUGAGGAGAGAUGGAACCAAUGAGGUGAGGACAGGGUUCAAGCUUAGGUGCAAACAGAAGAUAAUGAUGUAUGGCAAACCAAGGGGGAAGAAAAAACCUCAGCGGCCCCAGAGUCAAGAAUCAGCACCUGUGAUUGCACGUACGCCAAGGGAGAAGAGAAAACCUCAGCGGCUGCAGAGUCCCUACACGCAGGUGAAGACAGAAGACAUUGACGGGCCUAAGAAGAAGCGUAAAACAAAGGUUAAGUAG